CCGGGGUAUCCCUGACCGCAUUCUGCGAAGAGAAUAUUUUCAUAUUUUGGAGCUGUUCUCUCCAACCAUUUCACAAAGUCAUCGGAUUUUGUUGCACGAAAUGCAACGUUUUACUGAAUCCUAAUAGCCUACUGCAUAGUUGGAACAAGAAAUAUUCCAAUAUCUUGUGUUAGUUUGUUAUUGUGCAGGGAAUAAGUGAAGCUUCAUUUUCACUGGGUUCGUUUCGUUGAGAGAGUGAGAGUCGGAGAGUUGAGAGUGCAUUGUUGUUCGUUGAUGUGAGUGACUUCAUGAUGGGAAACCUGUGAAUUUUGUCUCAUUGUUUUUUUGGACUUCCAAGUUUUGAGGUGUAAUUGCAGGGACAAGCACUUGUCAAAACGUAAUGGUAAUAUUCAACAAGAUUCACAAUGCGGCUGUAUAUGACCUGGUGUAAAAUCGUGACGGCACUCGUUGGGGCUCUGACGAUUCUUCAAAUCCUCAACAUGACUCUUCUGAGUCAGUUACAGUUUAAGAAUAAAGCGCCCCCUGUUGUAUACACUGCAGACUAUACUGCGGAGGAGAUGUUUGAGAUGAUGAGGAAGCGUAUUUCUGCUGUGAAUAUUAUGGACGGGCGUGGCGAGUAUGUUGUGCGGAAGAAUGUCUGGAAGGGGAUUGAUAUGCGCCAUGAUAACAUGCUAAAAGAUGCUGCGCUUGUCACCCACUGUACUGUCAAUAGGAUGUUUCGAUUGAUAGACAUUGCCAAACGCUGGCGUGGUCCAAUGUCCAUCACCAUCUUCACCCCUGGCCAGGAUGUGAUUGUCGCCAUGGAGCACAUCAUACGACUUUAUCAUUGCUCUGCUGUGAUCCGUCAACAAGCUGUUUUCCACGUUGUUUCCCCACUAACUAUGCCAGUCAGAGAUGUUAAACCGUACAACUCGUACUUGAAAAUGACCGAGUGCAGAUUUAUGCAAAAGGUCUUGGGUUCUGUACUGAGUAUAGACAACUAUGGCAUGAAAGAUUUAGCCUAUCCAAACAACUUAUUAAGAAACACAGGUGUUAGGUACUCACAGACUGAAUAUAUCUUCGUUGUAGACGUCGACUUGAUCCCCAGUCGAGAAUUGCAUCAGCAGUUUAUGGAGUUCGCACGGACUAAUCGAUUAUUUUCUAAGACUGCUGUUGAAGACCCCGUGGUGCUGGUUGUGCCUGUUUUUGAAGCAAUAGAUGAAGACCAUUUACCAAAUGACAAAGGAGAACUACUGCAGGUCUAUAAUAAAGGAGUACGUCCAUUUUAUCUUGAGCCCUGUCCAAAGUGCCAGAAAAGUACAGACUUCUCUCGAUGGGUAUCUUUAUCGUCCGGCAGCACUUUGAUGGAAGCGUAUGAGGUGGAGUGGUCCCAUCCAUGGGAACCGUUCUUCUUUGGUCCGAGAACUCUGCCAGCUUAUGACGAGAGGUUUAAGCAGUAUGGAUUCAAUAGAGUUAGUCAGAUAUGUGAAGUCCAUGUUGCAGGAUACCGAUUCGCCGUUUUAAACAAUGCAUUCAUCGUUCACAUCGGCUUCAAGAAAAGUAGCGGCUUCCAUAAGACAAAGGAAGAGGAGCAUAAAAGUAAUAAACUGAUCUAUGAACAGCUCAAAAAAGAACUGAAGACCAGGUAUCCUGCUUCAACCAGAGUCUGCUAGAGUGGCUGACAGGUUUACUCAACUGAACACCAGGUAUCCUGAUUCAACCAGAGUCUGCUGGAGUGGCUGACAGGUUUACUCAACUGAAGACCAGGUAUCCUGAUUCAACCAGAGUCUGCUAGAGUGGCUGACAGGUUUACUCAACUGAAGACCAGGUAUCCUGAUUCAACCAGAGUCUGCUAGAGUGGCUGACAGGUUUACUCAACUGAACACCAGGUAUCCUGAUUCAACCAGAGUCUGCUAGAGUGGCUGACAGGUUUACUCAACUGAACACCAGGUAUCCUGAUUCAACCAGAGUCUGCUAGAGUGGCUGACAGGUUUACUCAACUGAAGACCAGGUAUCCUGAUUCAACCAGAGUCUGCUAGAGUGGCUGACAGGUUUACUCAACUGAAGACCAAGUAUCCUGAUUCGACCAGAGUCUGCUAGAGUGGCUGACAGGUUUACUCAACUGAAGACCAGGUAUCCUGCUUCAACCAGAGUCUGCUAUAGUGGCUGACAGGUUUACUCAACUGAACACCAGGUAUCCUGCUUCAACCAGAGUCUGCUAGAGUGGCUGACAGGUUUACUCAACUGAACACCAGGUAUCCUGCUUCAACCAGAGUCUGCUAGAGUGGCUGACAGGUUUACUCAACUGAAGACCAUGCAGGUAUCCCGAUUCAACCAGAGUCUGCUAGAGUGGCUGACAGGUUUACUCAACUGAAGACCAGGUAUCCCGAUUCAACCAGAGUCUGCUAGAGUGGCUGACAGGUUUACUCAACUGAAGACCAAGUAUCCUGAUUCAACCAGUGUCUGCUAGAGUGGCUGAUAGGUUUACUCAACUGAAGACCAGGUAUCCUGAUUCAACCAGAGUCUGCUAGAGUGGCUGAUAGGUUUACUCAACUGAACACCAGGUAUCCUGAUUCAACCAGAGUCUGCUAGAGUGGCUGACAGGUUUACUCAACUGAAAACCAGGUAUCCUGAUUCAACCAGAGUCUGCUAGAGUGGCUGAAAGGUUUACUCAACUGAAGACCAAGUAUCCCGAUUCAACCAGAGUCUGCUAGAGUGGCUGACAGUACUCAACUGAAGACCAAGUAUCCCGAUUCAACCAGAGUCUGCUAGAGUGGCUGAAAGGUUUACUCAACUGAAGACCAGGUAUCCUGCUUCAACCAGAGUCUGCUAGAGUGGCUGACAGGUUUACUCAACUGAAGACCAAGUAUCCUGAUUCAACCAGAGUCUGCUAGAGUGGCUGACAGGUUUACUCAACUGAAGACCAGGUAUCCUGAUUCGACCAGAGUCUGCUAGAGUGGCUGACAGGUUUACUCAACUGAAGACCAAGUAUCCUGAUUCAACCAGAGUCUGCUAGAGUGGCUGACAGGUUUACUCAACUGAAGACCAAGUAUCCUGAUUCGACCAGUGGCUGUUGGUCUUUUCUAGCACUAAACAUGAUGUCUUGGUCCCCUUGAUCUCAAACAGGCCUUGUCUUUCCAACCUGGACCUGAUCUGGGUUUUCUGGUUUACACCAAACACCUGUGUAACAUGUUUCCGAUCAAUCUAAACGACCUCUUAAAUGAGAAUGUUGUGAAAGGCUAAGGUUCACGUAUCUCAUACCUUGGCUGAUAUCAGUACUUUGUUAUCCGAGGAAGAAAUUGAUAAACCGAUAUCGGCAUGUUUAUUGUUUAUCGAAUAUAUACAAAAUCGUUACAAGUUGAAGAAUUCUGGAUUUGUAUCAAGUUCACAAAUGUUAGAGUUCAUCAUAGCCUAUUAUUUCAGAAAUUGAAAACUGAUUCUGAGAUUUGAAUUUCAUUGGAUAGAUUUUCAUGGAAUCAAUAAACUUGUGACAAUCCAUAUCUGUGCAUCAAGGAUUAGCAUGAGUUGAGGAUCAUCUCAGAAAGAGACCGUAAAGAUAUUAACUAGAGAGAUGAAGGUUAUGGAUGUCAAAUAUUGAUGAAAAGCUAAAUAAUUUGGGUUUGGUUUAUAAAAAUUGAAGCCUGUUUAUAUUGUGGCAUAUUUUGAGACACGCCCCUUAGCUCAGCCAGUUAUACGGCAAUUCAAAACUGGUCAAUAGUUUUUUCAGACUGAUAUUUGAGAUACUGCUAUUGCAGCAUCAAAUGUUCAAGUAUCCCUAGGCUUGGUUUAUUGAUUAGUUCCUGGGAUGAUUUGGUGAAUCGAUUGAGCUCCCACAUUGUGUGUACGAGAUGGGUAAGUUCAGGAAGUUCCCAUGAAACAGCCAAUGUAUGAUUGUAAUUACAGAAAACUCUGAUAUUAGACUGUUUUUGAAGCUUUCUUAUUCUCAGUACUUACAUGGAUCAUGCAUGACAUUGAUGAUAAAUGUAGCCAGUGUCUGUCAAAGAUUCUUAGGCAUUCCUUCCUUCAUCUGUAGAUUGUAGUUUAUAAUAGUUGCUUCAAUCUAAAAUCACCUGCUGGUGCAGUUCCUGGUCUGUGUCAACUACAAUUCAGGCCCAUUGCACAUGUAGAAUGUAAAAUGUGAUAGGUUUUUCAGGAGGGCUUGAUAGCAUUUGUAUAUUGUGAAUUAAUUAGAUCGAUCAAUAGCUCUUCAUUGGGCCAGCCAUCUCUGAAGCUUGUAGAAUGUUUCAUAAGCCUAGUGAUUCUAGUGAGAACCUACUGGAAGUCAUUAAACCCACUUUUGUGAUAUAGAUUCAUUGUCUUCCCUUGUUGGUAUGAUGUACAUAUAGUUCUCCUUGGGUCAAGGGGUGACAUACAGUCGAUUGAUUGGAGAACAAUUAGAUAUUGUCACCACAAAUAUUCAGUUAUGAUAUCCUCCAUCUGGGUAAAGCAAUGACACAUUGAACUUAUACUUGCACGCUCAACAGUGGCACUAAAAUAUACACCAUUCUUGGCAUUGUAUUGGUGAUGAUUAAUCCUGGGUUUCUUUCAUAACAUAUUAACAUAACAUACAGAUUUAUAUAGGGCGCCUUCCCACCGUAUAAACAUGUUCAAGGCCCUUACCCCUCAAAAUGUCCCUCAAAAAGCAACGUCUUUAGUGAAUCCUCCUCUCUCACCCAGACAAGACUGAAACUACCUCCAUGUGGUACUGACACUACCUCCAUGUGGUACUGACACUACCUCCAUGUGGUACUGACAUUACCUCCAUGUGGUACUGACACUACCUCCAUGUGGUACUGACACUACCUCCAUGUGGUACUGACACUACCUCCAUGUGGUACUGACAUUACCUCCAUGUGGUACUGACACUACCUCCAUGUGGUACUGACACUACCUCCAUGUGGUACUGACACUACCUCCAUGUGGUACUGACAUUACCUCCAUGUGGUACUGACACUACCUCCAUGUGGUACUGACACUACCUCCAUGUGGUACUGACACUACCUCCAUGUGGUACUGACAUUACCUCCACGUGGUACUGACACAACCUCCACGU